UAUACCUCCGUGCCCCGUAUAACCGUAUAAUGUGUCAAUGCCAAUGUGGCUGGCAACCAUUAUAGGUAUUAAAUAAAGUUAAUCGUAAUAAAUGGUUUUCAUGUAGGUACUAGGUGUAAUCCAGAGUUAAGAUUACUCGAAUUCAUAAUUUAUAAAUCGCAGUGAGUAUAGAUAGGUAACGGAAAGAAGAAGAUAUCAUUCGCUAUCAAAAUAUUUUAAAUUUCAAUUUAAAAUGGAUUUAGAUGGCAAGGAAACUUAUUUAUCAAUACACCGAAAAAAGCUAACCAUAAGUAUGGAUGUUAAAAACAACAUACUGGUUAAUGAACUAAAACGAAUCAUUGGAUGUAUUAUUAAACAAUUUUCUAAAGAUCUACAACUUUACUACGAAGACGAGAUUAUGGAUGGGACAAAACUUUUGUCAUAUUAUGGUUUGAGUGAUGAUAUCCAAAAUCCAAUGAUUAUUGGUUUAUCAUUGAAGAUGACGAAUGAAGAAUUUGAGCCAUUAGAAAUAACCCCAUAUUCAUCGCCAUCAUCAGAUUUCGAUGAUCUUAUAUCUUCAGAAGACGAAGAAACUACUGAAACUAAAUAAUGGUUAUGUAAACCAACCAAGUAAACAACAAUCACCAUUUUCAAUAAUCAGUUUUCAAGUAUUUUUUUUUUUUUUGUUAAAUAAUAUAUAUUAUACAAAUGUAUUUUAUAAUUUAUUUAUAAUCAAUUAACAUGUAAUAAUGGUAUAUUAUUGUAUUGAGACAUUUUUCAAGUUAAAACAAAAGGUGAACAUUAUUCGUUGUAAAGAGUCUAGCGGUUUCAAGUCUGUCUAUUUGU